UGUACAGUCAGACUGAGCCGCAAGCCAAGUCCAGCGGCAAGGACCGGACUCCUCUCUCUAGGAUGCUUACCAGGGAGUCUUAUUCACCAGACUGGACAUCUCUGGAAGGAUUUGAACCACAGACUUUGGACAUAUUUAAUCUUUAAGGAACUUCGGCGGCUGUUUAGCUAAUGAAGAAUAGCUAGUUAAGCGAACCGUGGCGAAGAUUAGCUAACUGAGCUAACAGGCAUAUUGAAUGAGGGGAAGACUGUGUUCUUUUUCUGCAGGUUAUUUUGAAACAGGAGAAUACUUUCAUUUGUUUGGUUUAGGUCUCUCUAACCAACUUUGGUAAUAUGACACGUCUCUACGGCGUUUAAAGGCUGCUAUGGAGUGCUGCAGCAUGGAUAACAAUAAGCAUAAUUUGCAUUGGGGGUUGAGAUCUGUGCAAAUGUCAGCUGCAGGAAAUUGCUUUCAUUGAUCGAGCCGUUCCCUGAACAAAUAUCUACUAUGAGGUAGCCAGAUUGUUUCUCACAGGAGGAGUGAUCACCAUCUGCAAAGGAUGUCUGACUUGGAAAGUUCCAGCUCCUAUUUUGGCUUGGACGACCCGCAGUGGCUGUGCAUGGUCACACUUUUCCUUGCAUCCCUCGUCACUCUGCUGCUGUAUUUUGUACAGUACUUCCAGCAAAGCCGUGUAGGAAUCAAACCGAGAACAGCAGAGGACAAUGCGGCGCAGGAGGAAGCCGCCUCUCUGCUGGGAUGGGCGCUGUCACUGAAGAGCUGGAAGAGUCAGUGGAGAGGAGCCUGGUGCAGGGCAUUGAACGAGGAGUCGAGGAAGCGUGGGGGCCCUGUUUUGCUGACAUUUGAAGAUGAUGAUGUUGAGGCGUCAGAGCUCAUGGUGAGCCAAGUGUCCAGCUUUCAGAAGUCUGCCGGGAACAAGGCCGCUUCCUGCAGCGUGGUCGGGGACCAGCUUCAGUUCUCAGUCAGCGCUGCACCGACAUCCACGUCUUCCGCAGAUCCUCAUAAAUACACAGUGUGUAUAUCUCCACUAGAGCUGCAGCUUGAUGUGCAGAUGCAAGACACUGAAGAUGAGGUGAAGGUGAGGUGGGGAGUGUCACACCUGGAGACAGGAGAGCUGCAAGUCAUGCCAAGUUUCACACAGGAAAACGGAAACACUGUCAGUGUUGCAGCCAUAAGGGAUCAGUUGAAGCAGCUGUUAUGUGCGACGCGUCCCUCUGUGCUGCUGAGCUGCAGGCCUGCUCAGCCCUCAGACGUCCAGGCAGUGCGCAAUAACAUGGUUUCGCCCCCCAAGCCCCCCCGCGCCCACGACUGGAAGCUGCUUGUGAAGAACAUCAGAGUGACACUGAAUCAAGAGGACGAUGCUGCAGGCAGCACGAAUCCUCUGUGUGUGCUGAAGUUAGAUGAUCCUCCACAGAAGUUUAACACCUCUGUACUAAAGAACACAACCAAUCCUGCCUGGGACCAGCCCUUUAUCUUUGAAUUAAAUGGACAUUCAAAGGAGCUCAAUAUUCAGCUGAUGAAUGACGGACAACCUCCAGAGAAUUCCUUACUGGGUCAGGUGUCAGUGCCUUUUGAUCUCGUAAAGAAGCAGCCCAAAGGACAGCAAACAUUUGCACUCAUGACCAAAGACACAGCGACCGGAUCACUAACUACUGACUUUACCUACCUGGAGCCCAGUGAGGUGAGGUCCUGGCAUCCCCCCACCCCUGCCUCCAAUAAAAGGGUGGAGAUGGACCGUACAGUCAUGCCUUGUGGCACCGUGGUCACCACCAUCACUGCUGUGAAGAGCAAGCCUGGUCGACCACUUCCUCCUGGAUUAACCAUAGAUCCUGCCAUUAAACCGGUGUCCAGCAAGCCAAAGCUGUCUGGGCGUCGUGUGUCGGAGCAGCCGUCUAUGUUGGGUCCCACAGUCAGUAAAGCUCUGUCCUCCUCUGACACCGAGCUGCUCAUGCUCAACGGCACAGACCCCGUGGCCGAGGCCGCCAUCAGACAGCUGCACCAGUCUGCCAAACAGAAGCUCAAAUCACCAGUGAAGAAGAGCACCAUCAUCAUCUCUGGCAUCGCAAAAACGCCGUUGUCUCAGGAUGAUGAGCUGGCUCUGAUGGCGGGUUACGCUGCAGCGAUGGAUGCCUCAAUGUCAGAGGGCAGCUCUACUCAGGAUGUGACCACGGCCAUCGCUACAGGGACCAGCAGCCCUCCUGAAGAGUCAGAGCCCCAGGAGGGCCCCAGUGGAAUCGGCCGGCCUCCAGACGACUGGGAGAGCCAGACGGGAGAGGAACUCGACCACACCUCGCUGUCUAUGUGUGUGUCUGAGGCCAACUGUAAGAAGAGCAGAGGAAGCUUCCUACAGAAGAGUGCCAAACUCUUCUUCCGGCGACGUCACCAGCGCAAGGAGCCAGGGAUGAGCCAGUCCCACAACGACCUGGUGUACCUGGAGUCUCCGGCAGCGGUGGAGCGAGCCAGCCGAACGGCCACGAUUAGCCGAAUGCUCAGCCGAAAGAGCAAGAACAAGAGCAAAGCUAACGGCUCUACCUCCAUGGGGGAACCACACGUGUGAGACCCUCUCUGCUCUCCCAUCAGUCUCUCCUACAGCAGCUACCACCUCCACCUCAAACAUGCACUGGCAAACCUCCCAGCUCACCUACGCCCCCUACUGCCCGGCCUGCAUACUGCAGCUCCUGCAUUGUGAAUGGGAAAGCUGUGCAGAUGGAAAAUUAUCCUCUUUUUAUGGCCAUUUCCUUCCACCAAAAGGAAGUGUGUGCAUGUGUGGAAGAAGGUCUCCGGUCUUGGAUUAAUGGCUUUCAGAGGAUAUUACAUAGCAUGUUUCUUUUAUUUGAUUUUAUGCAACAUUUUGAACUUUUUUAAUCGCUUUUGUGGCCUUGUUUCCGACAGAAGAGACUGUUGGUGUGGGCUGUAACUCUUUACCUCAUCGACUCUGAGUGUGAAGAGCAAACUCUCCCUGCUGUAAACCGUAUGUUUCUUUACGGUGGACCAGCAGGACCAAAGAUGAAGAGAAGAGUGGUGUUGUAUGAUUUGCACAUUUGUAGUACCCUUAAUUUGAAGUGCAAUGACAGAAGCUACUCUCGUGAUAGAGAUUAAAUAACAUUCACAAAGGGAGAUGAUCUUUUCACUGCAAGUGGGAGAUAGUAACACGACUACUUUUUUGACACUAAUACUAUGAAAUAUAGUAUUUAUAUCAAUUCAUUUGAAAUGCUUCUAAUCAUAUACCUAAUUAAAUCAGAACCAAGCAGCAGCUGUAAGAAAUGUGCUUAAAAUAGCUGUAAAAUGAAUAAAAAUGUCAGCCAUACCCUGCUUUUAACAGAAGGUAACACCAUACAAAAAAAGAGGAAAAGAAUUUGUGACACUGUGGCUAAAAUUUCAGCUAUAUGUGAGCGUUUUAUGUUUACUUCCCUCUGCAGUGUUCUCAAAAGAUAUGCAACUUUCUUCUUUGUCUUCCUUCCUGUACACUACUGUUAUCAGCAGGGUUGUUAAUGUGUCAAAAGGGAACUGAAUAAACUUUUUUUUUUUUUUUUUAACCCAGGGACUGUGACAUUACACUUGGCCAUACUUGUUAAUGAAUUUCUUCUGUACGGCCAUGUCAGCCCUGCAAAUCUUCAGUCUUUUAUGUUUGUGAAAAAAGAUGUAGCUUGCAACUCAUGAACAAGAGGAACAUGUGAACACAUUUGGGAGCUGUAACAGUUUUGGCUGCUUUUUUUUAACCAGCUUAUGAUUGUAUUUUCUUUUUUAUAAGCAGCUUGUUGCAGACAUGUCUGUACAUCAUUUUAACUACUGUUUCCUCAAUGAGAGAAUCGAUGCUUUACAGUGACAGAUUGCCUUACAUUCAUUCUGAGGACGUCACCAGCGCUCUUGAUCCUUCACUUGACAUGACUUCUAGCUCCUAAAGGCUCCUAAAAGACGGCCACUGUGCGCCUGCAACAUUAGCAAUGUCUGUAACCUAGAAGCCUAUGCACAUAUCUGUUAACGGAGUGUUUACAUUAAAAGACUAUCAGAAAUAGAAACACUCACAUGCUGUUCAUGGCCAUGCUCUCUCACACCAUCAGUGUCUGUUUCAAGGAAAUACUCAACUAAGGACGAAAAAAGACAGAAUCACCUUUAACUCUGGAGAGGAAAACGGGUCAUUUAAUCAUGCUCAGCUUUAGACUCCUUUACUUAUCAUGGUAGCCUGCAGGCAUCAGCUACUGUAAUGCAUUCAGAGAGCAGUAGGGCUGUAUGUGAUUAAUGAACUGCUUCCUGAUGUGUUUGUAUUGGCAUCUGCUCUGUGCGCAGAAAACUGACUGAACAUUUGUUGCAGAAAGUCAUUUCUCUGCAGGGAUUGUAACUAAUAUACAUAUCAACUUAUUUCAUUUUCGGCAAUAAAAUAUUGAUUGAAUAACAGAGAAUGUGGUGCCGCUUUAAAUGUCCAUGCUGCUCAGUGCUCCUGUAACUCCAUAUGCUGUUUUAUUUCCUGUCUUUGAUCAGAAGUUUAUUCAUGGAGGGUUUACAUCAUCCUGCUGAGCUGAUUUAAGACCAGAUGUCCUAAUAUAACAAAGUUUAUUUGCUCCUUUACUGCACUGUGAUAAUUAAGAAUUUAAUGCUUUGUUACUACUUUACCAUAAAACUUUAAUUAAUAGCCCAGGCUUUUAUUUACUUUAAUUUAUUGAGUGAUCCUGCCUUUAUUUGGUAUGCAUAUUCAAGUCUAGCUUUUAGUUAUUUUCAAAGCUU